UUACGUGUAAUUAAGUUGGAAAGGCUAAAAGCGAUAAUGCGAAGAUAAAUACAUGUAUGAUAAAACUUCAUCUUGUGUGAUAUCUUAAACGGGCAGUAUUCAUAAAACAAAAUGGCGUACAAACUUUUGUUUGGAAUUCUUACUGUCUUUUGUUGCACAGAAGCGGUGAAUGGGAUAAAGUGUUCGUAUUACGACUAUGAUUAUGACUGGACAUACAGCAAGGUUACAAAGUAUAAGUAUUGUGACAGAGGCUGUUGCGGUGAUAUGAACAAUAGAUAUUGCUGUGACGUUUACAGUAACGUUGGACUUAUUAUUGGCACAAGUAUUGGAUCAAUUGUUCUAGUCGCUGCUGUUGUUACUGUGUUUGUUGUUAUUUUUUGUUGUUAUAAGAGGUCUCGUGGACAGCCAGUACAGGUGUUUCAACCAGCAGGCGUAACAACAACAGUUCAUGGUCUGCAGACAAUACCAAUGACAACCUUUGGACAAACUGGAUACAACAAUGGUGCAUACCCACAGCAAAUACAGACAGCAAAUAUGGAUCCUGGAACAGCGCAGAAAUGGCAAGAGCCUCCAUCGGAAUACACCACUAUAAACAAUAUCUAGAACCAUUAAUUCAUAUGGCGCAACAGUAAUGCCGUGGUUACAUUAAUGUUAUGUGAUUUAUUACCUUUCGUUUUAGGAAUUUUAUACUUUGUAGAUUGUGUCCACUGCGCUUAAACAUAUGCGUAUCAAAUCAUACCGGAAACGCAGAAUUGAAAUAUAUAUAUUGUUUUACGAGUCAUUGUGUAGUGAAAUACUACGGUUGCUUAUACUCUUUUGUACAAAUAUAGAGUCUUUUUUUCUGCCAUAUAUUAUGCUAUGCAUGUACUUGUUAUUGUGUGUCAGACAUACUAGUAGGUACUUCUGAUAUUACCAAAUAAAGUGAUGAUAUACAUGUA